GUGAAUUUCUGAUCAGGUGAUUUUCGGAGGCUCUUUCAAAAAGUUUUUUGUAAUGUGAUGCCACCUUGGGGACUGGCAAAAAAGCCUGUCAAGUUGUUCCUUAAUUUCUCAUUUGGACAGUUUCUAUCUCAGCCUUUGGAAGAUGAUCAAAUUAUAAUAACUUCCAACGGCAUUGGAUGUAAAGAUAUAUAUUUUAACAUUGAUAAACUAAAUGCAUUAUUAUCUGAAAGUGGAAUACCUGUGGUUUUCUGUGUGGCUUAUAUUGCUGAAGUUGUUAUUUCCCUUCCAUGGAGUGUCGAAAUCAAGGGGAUCGACUUCGUUAUUCAAGCAUUAUCAGAAGUUUCCUCUCCAUCUGGAACAGAUGAACUGUUCAAUUCAAUGAUAUCUAGUGUAUCAACCGCAGCUUUUGCUGUAGCCAAAGCUGCAAAGGAUUCUACGAUCCCUGACAAUUUUUUCGAGGAAACGUUUACUCGCACAUCAGACGAUGUUGAUCUUAAUGAUAAAGAAAAAAUUCCAAAAAGUUUACAAGAGCAAGCUUAUCAAUUUUUCGAAAAUCUUACAGCUGCUGCCGAAACAAUGAAUGUUGGUACAAAAGGUGCAAGCUCUUACGUUGAUCAGGACAGUAAACAAAGAAUCGCUCAUAUGAUCGAUUCAUUGAUUGCACAAACCACUAUAGUUCUACGCGAUGUUAGUAUACGUAUUGAAUGUGAAUUAAGACUUCCUGGAAUAGAUCGUGCCUCAGGAUUAACCUUAACCAUUAAACAUUUAUCUAUUUCAAAUCAAUAUAAGACUGAAGAAAAACAACAAUCAACUCCAUCGAAUACAUCCAGCAGUGGUCGUUGGUCAUGGUUAUGGUGGUGGCAAAGUUCAAGCAACAAUAACGUCCCUACCGGAAAUAGCUCAGUAUCAUCAUCGUCAUCUACUAAUUCUACCUCUACACCAGCCGGAAGUUUAUCAACCAUGUUGCAUAAAAUUAUCCACUUGGAAGAGGCUGAUUUAUUCUGGGAUUUAUGGAGUACUUCUGGUCAUGUGCAAGGUUGUUCAAGCUUGUGUAGUUCUCUAGAUCCAAGCCAACCUCCAUGCUCUCCACUUCCCAACAAGACAUGUGGUCCAACAGCUGAUACACUUGUCUCAUCAGCUAAACUUCUAACAUUAUCUGGUUCAGAGCAUACAGCGCGAUUGAGUUUACGUGUUGGUUCCGCAUUGAAUGUGUCACACAGCCCUACACCUUCAAAUAUACAAUCGGAUGAUCUACCACGAACGAUUAAUACUACUACUAGCAACUCUAACACCAACUUGGUUAAUAUGUCAGACUUUCAGUUACGUUUACAUGUGGACUUGGGACCUAUUGUUGCUUGUGCUUAUCCUAGUCAAUUUUACUGGUUACACAUGAUGAUUGGUCAACUUGUACAUAUUUAUGACGAUUAUAUAGAACAUAGUAAAAAGAUAUCAGAACAAACUAAACUAGAAAAUGAUAUGACGUAUUACUAUUCUGAUUUGUUAACAAAUAAUAAUCUAUCAAACGUAAUGGAUGAGAAUGGUUGUAUCAGUGUGGCUACAUCAACUUUGAAUAAACAUAUUGGUGAUUAUUCAGACCAUAGAAAUUAUCAAAAACCCCAUUCGCCUUUGCGUAAUAAACCUAGAGAAGCUCAUCUAAUUGAUUUAGAUUUAACACCGAGCCCAAUCAACCAUCAAAAUUUAACCUCUACAAUGUUAAAUAGUGAAUUAUUUCGCUCCUGUUUGAGUGAUGUGUCAACUACCACGAUGUAUGGAGAUAAUGCCAUUCCAAACCAACAUUUUGAUCAUCUCUACUUACCAAAACCUGAUAGUAAUCGUGAUUCAGCUCAAGUGGCUACAAAAUGUAGUAUGUCAGUAAAUAUACUAUGUAUAGCUUUUGUGGCCUUUUAUGAAGAUGAAUCUGUAUUGACACGUGAACAGAUAGCUGAAGGAACUUCAUUUUCAGCAUCAUCAUCUAAUAUGAACUCCUCUGUACAUAAUUGGCGAUCAGAUGAAGAGAAGUUAUUAAAAAAAGAUGAUUCACUAGGAUUGAAUGAACAAGAUUCACUAAAUGCUGAUGAGAUAAAUGAUACAAGUACAUUACCAGAACAUCAAUCACGUAAUUGUGGUGAUAAUAAAUAUUAUGGUCAUAAUAAUAAUGAUAAUUCCGCUGGCUCUUACUCUACAACAACUGGUUGUACAGCGAUAUUACCAGGGCCAUCAAUAUUUUUUGGACGAUUUCAUGGUCUCAUACCAACUCCAACUUGUAGGCUAAAAUCUGAUAGUGGUCGCAAUCAAUUGGAUGAUAACGAAGACGAGGUAGAUAUGCUACAUUCUAAAUGUCAACCGAUGAUUAUCAACCGUCAAGAUGUAGAUACAGGUCGUAUGUCUCCUUCGGAAUGGGUAUCACAUUUGAAAUAUCAAUUUUCCAAUAUGGCUUAUCCUCGUGAUCAUCUAUGUUUCGUCGGUGGUUUAUGGCAUAUGGAACUUUCUAAUAAUUUUUUGGUUAUACCACGUGGUCCAUCGAUAAAUCAAUACUACUCUUCCACUCAGUUAUGCUUUAAUAUCCAACUUUUUGGAGUUCACUUAUCAGAGUGUUUAUUUCCUAGUCAAACCAUCACGACAACAAAGAAAACAAAUGAACUGAGGACACAAAAUAUAAAAUUGGAAUCAUUUGAACUAUUUCAUUUUCCAUGCCCUUCUACAUCGUCAUUCCCGGGAUCCGAUCGCACAACAAGAUCUCUUUCAAAUGAGCCCGCUAUAAAAUUACAUGGGAAUUUAUAUUUACCUCAUAUAGAUGUAGAUAGUCCUUCCAGGAUAACUUCAGGGUCACAGAUAUACCAAGACUUUGUCAAUGAAAUUCACAUUGAUUUUACUCAUUUCUGUGUGGAUGUGGAUAUCAGUAUUAUGGAUCGUAUACAUCGUAUUACCGAUGCAUGGGCAGCCGCAUCGGAAGCUGUCAGUCGUUUAUCACCAUUAAGACCGUCUGAUUUCAACCAUCAUACAGAAUGGUGUGAUACAGACAUAAAUAAUGAUAUUCCAGUUACAAUGAAGACUGGUCAUCAUCAUCAUGUAGAGCUGAAUUCAGUUAAUAAAUCCAAAAAUUCAUUCACACACAACAUCCCUCCUUCAACCGAUUUUCAAUCAAAUCAAAUAGAUUCAUUGAGGCAUUUUCAGUCAUCAACGAAUAUGACAGUGAAAUGUCACAGUUUUGAGCUGAAUUUACGCUUUCCUAUUCCUAUAGAAGCGAUAAAAACGGCCUCUGGUCAAAAAAUUGCAGAAAUCCGUUCAAAAUUAUGGGGUGCCGGGACAGUAUACAACUCGAAUCAAUCAAAUUCUGUACAAAGUAUAUCAUGGUGGGCUAGGACAGUUCGUAAAGAAUAUCUUUCUAUAUUUAUGAAAAAGAUUCGUCUAAAUUUUGAUAGUUCCAAAGAGUCAUCCCCGAAAUUACAACCAUUUUGUAGACCAAACGAUCAUUUACAAAAUGUUACAAAAUCUAAAAUUUCUUCUUUUAAAAAUGGAAAGCAUAAUGGAAAUGAACAGGAACUAGAACUAAUUAUAGGAUCCAUAUCAGUACAUUUGGCUAAUGAUGAUCUAAACAUACAAUCAAUGCCUAUCGUAUAUUUAACAACAAAAAUGAAUCCUAUUCCUGAACCAAUCAAAGUGUAUAUACGCAUAUCUCCCAGUGGACAAACUGAUCUUGUCGAGUGUGUAAAUGAAAAUCCAAUGAAUAAAGAUCUUGAUGAACAGGCAACAACUAGAGAACAACCUGCUCAAUUUGAAGUAGGCGUUGAUCUAACAACAUUUAAUGAGUAUAUUUCAUCAUCUGAUCAAUUUUAUGAUUCAAAUAGAUCUAAUCAUGAUCAUUCUGUUGAAUGGUCAUUAUGGAAUCAAGCUAAUCCUAAGCAAAAUUGUUUUAUUCCUUUAGUAGUCAGAAAGAACUUUGCUCAAGAUGCACCAAAACCUCAUUCUAAACAGAUAACUUAUUACCCUGGUAAUAAAGCUCAUAUGUUCGCCUAUCGCCAAUCUGCUAGUAUGCAUACCCACUUAUUUGUACACUUUAAAAUACCUUUGGCAGAAAUCACAAUUGAACAUAAACAAACAGUAGAACUACUUUGUUUACGAUUAAUGUAUGAUCUUUUAUUAUGGCAAUCAUUGUUACCUAAUGAUCGUCGCCUACGUGCAACAUUAAAACGUCCAAAUCAUACUUGUCCAACAGUAGAUAAUGUGACAAAUUUACAAUCGGAUCAUCGUUAUUGGUUUUUAAGUGAUCCUGCUCCUUUAGCCACUAUCUAUGCUCAUCCAGAUGCUGCACGAGCAGCCGCUGAACUUGAAGCAAUAUCACCAAUUGGUCAUUAUAAUGUAAAUCAUCAUCCAAGCGGUCUACAUUAUCAUUCAGUUAAAAGUGAUGAAGAAGAGGAUAGUGAUUAUGCUGAAAAUGAUUUAAACGAAUUAUAUAGUAAUACUUUUAAUAUCAAAGACAAUACUGUUAGCAAUCAUUACACAAAAUAUAACAAAGAGAAUGUAAACCGUUGUAAUAGUAAAAUCUCUUGGUCAAGUGAUUUACGAAAAAAUGUUAACAAUAUGAAUAAUAUAAAUUUAAAUCAACACUCCUUGUUGCAUAAAAACCGUCAACGUUGUACUGGUGAUCAUCGUACUAAUAAUAACACUACUUACAGUGCAGAUCAUAAAGUAGUAGGACCAUUAACGAAUACUUCUGUUCAAUUUCAAUCCUCUAUUUGUUUGCAAUUAGAUAUAAAUUCCUUACACUUUACAACAUUCCUUCCUGAAUCAUCAUCAUCUGUGGGAGGAAUUCGACCGACUGAUAAAGUGAUUAUAAAUGCCUCUAAUACCACAUUAUUUACUGAGCUUUCGCAUAAUUCUAAUCCGAAUUUAAAUUAUGUUGAAAUGGAAGUUGGUGAAUUCGAAAUAUCUUAUAGUUGUAGUCAAAAUCCGAAUUCUGAUAAUCAUAGUUCUGCUGAUAACGCUCAUCCAUCAUCAUCAGAUUCGCCAGCUAGUUUAUGGCCAGUUUUAAUUCAUCUUUCAUGGGAUUCUAUUGGCUAUCCAUAUGGUUCAACACUUCAUCAAGUUGGUGUAUCUACCGCGAAUUCAUCGAACGAACCAACUUUUAGCAUGGCUUUAGAACAUAGACAAAUUCAUCGUUUAUCCGAUUCAGGUAAUUCAACGUACGAUGAUGAAUUCAUUUUGACUCUUCGAAUUCAAGAGGUUUGUUUUGUUUAUUGGCCACUAUUCAGUUUAAAUAAUCGUUGGGAUAUUUAUUCAAAUAUUGGCAAUCCCAAUUUAACAACUCCAGUCAAUUCUUCAAAUUCUACUACUACCACUACAAAUACUAACAAUAAUUUUAAUUAUUUAACAGGUUUACCGAAUUGGUUUAUUCGAUUUUGUAGUUUAUAUCAAACUCCUAAUUUAUCAUUCAUUACAGAAGAAUAUCCGAGUUAUUAUGCACCAGCUUGUCUAUUCUCUCAACAUUUACACUUUGAACAUUUAACGGCUACAUUUUCAAUGCCUUACCCAGAAUAUUUUAUCUUGUCAACAAAUAAACCGACUUCUGUAAAUUAUCAAAUGCCUAUUUUACAUUUUAUGAUUGGUUGUGAAUCAACUAGUAUUACUGUAAAUACAGCUAUGGAAAUGUUGACAAUUUGUUCAUCAAUAAAUAAUAAUAAUGAUAAUCAAGUCGAUAUGCAACCUGGAAUGUUAGUUAUGGCAUUUAUUAAUAAUCUGGCCAUAUUUAUAUUCCCUUUUAAAUUUAAUUCAAUCAAUCCAAAUUCAUUGAAUCCUCGGUUAUGUGAUAUCAAUUCUUCUCAUCCAUUAUUAAUUAAUUUUCGUCAUUGGCUUAGUACAUUCGAUUUGAAUAAAGCUGUUUGUAUAGCAAGCCUAGAUCAUUUGGAAUUAAAAUGUUUUUCUGAGCCAAUUAUUAUACCAAAUACAACUGAUAAUAGUAAUAGUAGUAGUAGUAGUCAUAUUCACCGUAGUAAGCCUUCAUUUAUCUGUCAAAAUUCUUCAAUCCCUACUAUUACUAAUCGAUUCGAUAUGCGUAUUACAAAUAACCUAUUGAAAAUUAACACAUGUGCUGAUAUUUUAGUCAUUUUACAUAAAUUCGUUGAAUUACUAACAAUAUAUGAUAUGAAUAAUUGUAAUACAACUACUCCUUCACCAACAAUGCAUUCAUCACCAAUCCAUGUAAAGAAUACAUCAUCAUUAAAACUAGAUCCAACAUUAUGUCCACAAUUUCAUGCAUCAAGUCCAAUUCCAUCUGGUUUAGUUUACUCGAAUCCUUUUCGAAAUAUACUCGAUGAUAAUCAAUGUAAGAGUGGUUCAGUUAGUAGCCUUGAUCUUAUACAAGAUGCAAUUUCUGAUGUAGAUUCUGUUCAUUCAUCACCAUUUAAAAUUGGUAAUGUAAAAAGAUCAUCUGCUGUGGAUAUUCCUUCAAAUAUCGUACAAACUUCCAGUAAAAACAAUGAAUCGUUAACAAGAAAAGUAGAGAAGAAAUUAGCUAUUAAUACUUGUCCAACUCCCCAACCAUGUCGUACUGUACAUAGUAGUAGUAAAAGGAAAUCGAAUACUUCAAUAAAUAAUGAUAUAAAAUCAUGUAGUUCUAGUCCUUGUCCCAUUAAUACUGCUAAUGAUACUACGUCUAUGAAUGAUAAAAGUAAAAAUCAACUAUACUUAGAUCUAUCUGAUCAAUUGAAAUCUAUGUCAAAUCGCUCACACAAUUCUGGACCAUCAAGUCUUUCUGAUGAUUUCGUUUUUAUUGAUCCAUCCACUAUUCCAGCAUUGAAUUAUACAACACCAAAAGAAAAAAUUCGUUACUUACUUCAACCAACUAAACAAUCGUCGAGCCCCUCUAUCACUACUAAUGAUCAAACUUCAUCACCAUUGAUAAGUUUUGAUAUUCAUGAAAAUUUCUACUCUCCACCUAGCUCCACUACAAAUUUUAAAAAUUAUCGUGCUAACCGAUGGAAUCGUUUAUUCAUUGAUCCUGUUAAAAUUUAUCCACGUCCUUUAUUAGCUAUAACAUUGUAUGAUUUUUCAUGUGAAUGGAAUAUAUAUGGUGGCAAUGAUUUGUUACCUACUUCGUCAGCAGCAACAACUCCAUUGUUAGGCAAUAUCCCAUCCAAUGAGAUAUCUAUCCCUGUUCCACCACAUAAUAAAUCCCCAGUGCUAUCUUCCUCAUCACCACUCAAAGAUCCUACUCAAAAAUUAAUAACAACUCCAUCUCGUUCAAAUGAAUCACUUCUAACUAAUAAAAAUGCUACAAAUAUACGAUCUGGUGGGAAUAUUUCACCUAAUCAAAUGUUAAAAUCCUGUCCUAAACCUGGCUAUCGUUUUCGUCAUGGUCAACCGCUUAUUAAUAAACCAAGUAGUAGUGGUAGUGUCGGUGCCAGUGGUCCUGUUCGUAUGCAUUCGAAUGAUUCACGUUCGGAAAAUAUUUCGUUACAAUCACCCAAGGAUUCAAAAGGUAUCCGUUCUCGUUUAACAUUGUAUUCACAAGGUGGCCCAGGACGUCAGCUUGAUAAUUGUAUUUCAUUCAAUAUCUCAAAAUUAUACUUUCGACAAGCGAAGUUCCCAGCUCGCAUGAAAAAAUCAAUUCAUCAGCAUCAAGGACAACAACUGAGUUCAUCACAUAAUUUAUUCAGUCUAACUGUAGAUCCAUUUCAACGUUUAAUUAUUCAUAUCCCAUCUGUUGUAAUAGUUGAUCAUGUUAGUAGUUCAAAUGUCAAUCAAUUACUUUACUCAUAUAAUCGAAACUAUUCACCAAGUAUCAAUUUGCUACCGCAUAAUUUAGAUACACCAAUGUUACGUAUGGUUGUUGUCUGUUGGCCAGUUAUACCAAGUCAUUUAGAACAGGAUAAUAUUUCAUUAUUAUCUCAACAACAAAGAGUAGAAAAAAGCAAAGUUGACAAUGAAAAAUUUGUAAGAAAAGGAGAAAAUGUUAACAUUGAUGAUAAUAAUGAUACAGAAGAUGAAGACAAUGUAUCAAAUGAUUGUUCAAUGAAUAUAACACAAUUAAAAUCUAUGAAAAAUUUCGAUUAUAUUUAUUUACCACAACCUAACAAUCUUGAAGUGGAAAUUAAACUAUCUAUUCAACCAUUGAAAAUUAAUUUAGAUCAAUAUACACUGCUGUUUUUAUACGAAUAUCAAGAAAAUUUCAAAAGGUUGCUCACUGCUUCUUCGAGAGAAUCAGACAACUUUCAGAUGGGACAAUCUAUAUCAAGUUUGGAGUUUAGAUCUCCAACUCAAAUAUGUACUCAAUAUGGCUUAGCUUCAAGUCCUAAUGUCAAUCCAAAUAAUUCAGCCCAGUCUCAUUUGAAGCAAUACAAUGAUAAUGUUAAUACAGUUCCUUUACCACAGAGUAAUUUAGUUCGUCCAGUUUACUUUCCAAUGGACCCUAUCGAACAUAAUCAGCCUGUUUUAUUUAUAAGAAAAUUCACUUUCUACCCUGACUUAUCUAUUCACCUUGAUUAUCACGGAAGACGUUUGGAUUUGAGUGGGGGUUCAUUUCAUGGUUUACUUGCAAUGCUUCUUCAAUUAACGAAUGCUGAAUUCACAAUCCCUCGACGUGUUUAUCAACGUGGUUAUCAAAGUUUCGAUAGAUUAAUUGAAGAAGUUGUAGAAGAUUUAAGUUCUAUUAUCUCAGCACAACUACCUCAUGCUAUUGUAACUAGUUUUGGUCCAAUGCAUGAAGUAACACAAUUUCUUCUCGGUUUAUGGGAUCUGGUCUAUCAACCUGUUUGCAGCUUCUAUGGGACGGCUGAAUUACCUAAUACAUCAUUGGAUUCUGGUCAUGUUGGUACAGCUGUUUGUAAAUUGGGUCUGUUUAAAAAACCUCAUCAGCUUCGUAAUGAAAUUUGUCAUAGUAGAGAAUAUACGCUUACAGAUACAUCUUGUGGUACCAAUCGAAGCGGAAUUAUUCAUGGUCUUAGAAGAGGCACACGAUCAUUUUCAACAAGUACUCUAUGGGCUACCUUACAGUUGAGUAUUCAAGGUAUAAGAGCUCUCCAAUCUAUUGCAGAAACGGCUUACGAUUUAGUUACACCAGGACCAGCUUUACGUAGUCGACGAUUAUAUUUAAGACAACCAGCUGAUAUACGCGAAGGAUUUGGUAAUGCUGUAAAUGUAUUGACGCGAGGAUUUCAAAUGGUAGCAGAAGAUUUGUGUGGUGCUACUGCAUUACCAUCAGAAGUAGAAAUUGGAUAUAAAGGUCCAGUUGGAAUGGUUGGUGAUGUGUUACGUCAAAUACCACCAACUAUGGUCACGCCCAUAGUGGCCAGCUGUGAAGUAACAGCAAAUAUUCUCGGGGGUUUACGUAACCAACUUAGACCUGAAGCUAAAGUUGAAGAUGAACAAAAGUGGAAGAAUACUUACGGCUUAUAAUAAAAAAAUGUAAUAAAUGAUAAAAGAUAGAUCUUUUUAUUCCGCUUGCACAUAAACACGUCAAAAAGUGUAUAAAUUAUGAAAGAUGAGAACUUUUUAAUUUUGAAACACUUAAUUAUUUGCCUUUCUCCUGUUACUGUUCACUUUUAAACCAUUUUUUUCGCACAUUAACUAACUUCAGAUAAAUAUUCAUUUAACUGAUAUGUCUUUCGUUAUAACCUCAUUUAUCUUUAAUGCUCAGCCAAUUAUUUAUGAGAGUACAUUGGAUGUAAAUUUUGUGAUUUUUGCGAACUUGAAUAAAACCCCUUUUUUCUCUAUUUCCCGCCCUCCUUUAUUAUGAUCACUCUGCAAUGUUGUUGCUGCUGUUAUUAUUGUUAUUAAUUCCAUUCAGUUUCACUUCUAUUUUCUAUUCUUCAGCUUAUUUUGCUUUUCCCUUAAAUUGUAAUUUCAAUGAUGUGGCUUAUUUUUAUUUAUUCAUCAAAGAAUAAAAACAAAGGCCAGAUUGAGUUUCUAGUGGGUUGUGUACAAUUAUCAAGCUUGUUAAUAAUAAUGAACAACAGUUUUCUUACUGUGCAUAAAUUUUCUAGAUAUUUCAA